CCUGCAUAUACAUUGGACUGAGGAGGGGCAAUUCAUGACGCCAUGGACCUUCAACUUGGUCGCAGAGGCUGCUGGGAAAACCUUGCAGUAUCGCAGACAUUUUGGAUUUAAAGGGGCUGAGUGGCCGUCAGUGUUAGCUCUCGGUGUCCCUGGGCUAUAUAGAUGAUGUCCACCAUGGUGUAUCCAAGGGAAGAGAAGCUGGAGAAGCUCUCUCAGGAGGAGAUCAUCUCCAACACAAAGCUAGUCAUCCAGGGUCUUGAGGCCUUGAAAAAUGAGCACAACUCCAUCCUCCAUAGCCUCCUUGAGACGAUCAAGUGCCUGAAGAAAGAUGAGGAGGCCAACCUGGUGCAUGAGAAGUCUAACCUGCUCCGCAAGUCGGUGGAAAUGAUCGAACUGGGUCUGGGAGAAGCACAGGUGAUGAUGGCUCUGUCCAACCACCUGAAUGCUGUGGAAUCUGAGAAGCAGAAGCUGCGCGCACAGGUGAGGAGGCUUUGCCAAGAAAACCAAUGGCUACGGGAUGAGCUGGCCAACACCCAGCAGAAGCUGCAGAAGAGCGAGCAGAGCGUAGCUCAGCUGGAGGAGGAGAAGAAACAUCUGGAAUUCAUGAACGAGCUCAAAAAAUACGAUGAGGAUGUAUCACCCACCCAGGAGGAGAAAGACCGCGAAGCACCAAAAGAUACUUUGGAUGACCUCUUCCCGAAUGAUGAAGAGGAUCACGGACAAGGAAUGCAGCACCAACAUAACAGUGCAGCUGUUGCCGCUGCCCAGCAGGGGGGCUAUGAGAUCCCAGCCCGUCUGAGAACCCUCCACAACCUGGUGAUCCAGUAUGCCUCUCAGGGCAGGUACGAGGUGGCAGUGCCCCUUUGCAAACAGGCUUUGGAGGAUCUGGAGAAGACUUCGGGCCACGACCACCCUGAUGUGGCCACUAUGCUUAACAUCCUGGCUUUGGUCUACAGGGAUCAGAACAAGUACAAAGAGGCGGCCCAUCUUCUCAAUGACGCUCUGUCUAUCCGUGAAAAAACACUGGGGAAGGAUCAUCCUGCCGUUGCUGCGACACUGAACAACUUGGCUGUGUUGUAUGGAAAGAGAGGGAAGUACAAGGAAGCUGAGCCUCUGUGUAAGAGGGCUCUGGAGAUCAGAGAGAAGGUCCUGGGGAAAGAUCAUCCAGAUGUGGCCAAACAACUCAAUAACCUGGCCCUGCUCUGUCAGAACCAGGGCAAGUAUGAGGAAGUGGAAUAUUACUACUGCCGCGCUCUGGAGAUCUACGAGUGCAGGCUUGGCCCUGAUGAUCCCAAUGUGGCCAAAACUAAGAACAAUCUGGCAUCCUGUUUCCUCAAACAGGGCAAAUACAAGGAGGCUGAGAUUCUGUACAAAGAGAUUUUGACUCGCGCUCAUGAGAAAGAGUUUGGGUCUGUUGAUGCUGAGAACAAACCAAUCUGGAUGCAUGCAGAGGAAAGAGAGGAGAUGAGUAAGGGCAAGCAUAGAGACAACACUCCUUAUGGGGAGUAUGGAGGUUGGUACAAGGCCUGCAAAGUAAACAGCCCUACAGUUAACACCACCCUGAGGAACCUGGGGGCUCUGUACCGUCGACAGGGUAAACUGGAGGCCGCUGAUACCCUGGAAGAGUGCGCAGUGAGGUCUCGCAAGCAGAGCAACACAGGCAUUGACCCCAUCCACCAGACACGUGUGGUGGAGAUUCUGAAGGAUGGAGAGGGCGAGAGACGAAGGAGCCGGGACAGUCUGACCAGCGUUAAGUAUGAGAGUGGCUCUGAGACAGGCGAGGAAGUGAGUAUGGGCGUGGAGUGGAAUGGGGCCUAAGCCAUCAAGAUUAUUCCUCCAUCCUUCUCUCCUUCCCCAACACAAUAGCAAAAGGAUGUGUGUUGUCGUUCCCUCUGGCCUUCUCUGUCCCAACAGUCCAACAGCUCUCCUACCAUUACCGGUGCCCCCCUCCGACAGAGACUCAGAGAGUCGACUGACCACUGCUGGGACGUUUAGUCUUCUUCUUCAUCUGCUGCUUCUCUCACUGUCUGUCUCUUUCCUCUCACUAACCCUGUAUCGUCCUUCAUUUUAAAAUCCAUUACUUCAGCUCUGAGUCUCGUAAGCAUUCAAAUAGUCACGUAUGUAAUCUUCUUCCUAAAACUUGCUUGUAAUUUUUCAUAUGUGCAUUGUAUAUUUAUAUGGCGGGAUCAGAAGGUCAGUGUAGGCUGAAAUGUUGAAUAUAGAGGGGAAUGCUGGGAUAUUACGAUCAUAGUGAGUUUGGGAAGCAGCUCAGACUCCAGGAAUCACUCCUACACACUCACCGAUAAAAGACUGAAUAUUAUACAGAGGUCAUUUACACAGUUCCUUUGCAUAUUUCUUUCUGAUUUGUUUUAUUUUUUAAAUAUGUUCCUAGUCUUUUUAUUAUGUAAAUCUUUAACAAACGGUUGAUGUGGUUUAAGUAUGAAGUCAAGCCUCAGAUCAAAUGCCUACAGAAUUUAGGAAAAGGUACUGUAAAUUUUAAAAUGCAAAGAGAGCUAUUUACAACAAAUUGUUAUAAAACUAGUUAGCAGUAGAAUAGAAGGGAGUUUAAUGUGAUUUUUUUUUAUAAAUAUUUAACUUUUUUGUAUGAUUUUUGUUUACAUCGAAUUACUUUGUCGUUUUGUUGCAGAUUAUAAAGGCAUUAGUGCGUCACCAGUGCCAUAGGGUUUAACCUGCUGUGAAUGACCACAUGUUCUCAGCACUAUUCAGGCCAAAGCUGGCGGCACACUGGUCAGAUCACAGCAAGCUCUGGUUGCCAUAGCGAUUUGUUUUCAGGUAGUUCGCAGUAGCUACAGUGUCCUUGGUUCAGUUUAGGCUUAUUCAUAUUCUGUUGCAGUGUGUACACAGAGCCAGGCUCACAUGUACAGAGACAGUAAUUUACAGCAGCUGGAGCAGUAAAGGCAGAGUGACAGCAGGGACUGGAGAGGGAUGAGCAAGUUUAAUAAAAACAUAUCCUUCAAAUGAUUCAGCCUUUCAGCCUGUGGAGUCGUCCUCAGCUACACUCUUUGGGAUGGAGGCUCUUGUUUGUUCUGUAUUUAUGCAGAGGCCGUAUAUAAGCAUUAAAACAUAGCUGCCUGCUUACAACAGUGAAACAGUUUAAUAUAGUGUUUAAAGAUUAGGAAGCUUCUGUAGUGCGGUUUUGGAGCAAAUGGUAAUUUACAAACAUGAAUAAGAUUACAUAUUUUAUAAACAUUCACUGAGAAAUAACUUUUGAUGUCCUACAUCUGAGAUGCAUCAUCAGCUUUACAGGUAAUGACUAAUUCCAGAAAAUUCUGUUCAGAUGAAAUCACAUUUUUAAUUAGGUAUUCAAGAAGAGAUGUUAAAAUUGACAGCUAUGUAUCCAGGUAGUUUUUUGUUGUAUUUUUACAAGGUACAAAGUUACAUCCUAAACACAUGCAUCGCUUUCAGGGUUACCUUCAAGAUUUUCUUUUUGAAACCACAGUUUGCAACCCAAGAGAUGCGUCCAUUAAAAAAACAAAAAAACAAACCUAUGUAUGCUAUAUAAUUAAUAUUCUAAGUUAAAGCCAGGAGAUAAUAGGCAGUAAUAUGGCACAACUUUAAAAGCAGAUGUAGUUGUCGGUCAGUUUUAUUAAAUUAAACUGCGAAUGAGCAAAAAUGCAAACGGUCAACCAAUGCCCAUCCCUGUGAGUGGAAAGACAGCUUUAGUAAAACGUUUUGAAUUAAUGGAGAAGAGUGCCGUGCUUUUAUUUGGUUCUGACGUAUGAGUGAAGUUAGAAUUCAGUGGAACUUUAUUGUAGUCUUAGUGUGUAUUAGUGAAUAUUUUGGUGGUACAGUCACAGCAAGCGCUCUGGACAUGGACAUUAUAUUCAAAACUUAACAAGUUCUGCCUUUUCUGACACCGUCGCUCGCGAUUGACCUUAGUCCUUUUGGUGAAUUAUGAAUUUUAUUUUUUUUAGACACCAAAGUACAGUGCUAGUCGUUCCUGAAGAUCGUGUUUUUUCAGACGUGUGACUAACUGAUUGUAAACUGACUUUAACAUCUUGGAAGUGUAUCAUCGGCUGUAUUCAUAGAUCUGACAAGUGCGUUCGCUCUCAUUCUGCUACUUGCCUUGACUCUUCAUUCCUUGCAGCGAGUACAUCUAUACUUCUAAUGCAACUCUGAACAAAAUUACUGACUAUGUUCCCUUCACAUAGUUCUCACAAUAUUGUUGUGUUAGUGGAAUGCUUAUUUAUUGAACUGUCUAUUCUUGACAUACAUAUAUAUGGAUAUAUAGUGUGGCUUCAGUUCCUUAAAAUAAAAGAACAUACAUGCUAAGGUCUUUAAGCACUAUCGUAGGACUGCAUCAUAUUUACCAUACUGCAUUGUGAAGAUUAUUGCAUCAACACUUGUUGGUAUCCUCGAAUAAAAUUUUUCAUUGGUGGAGUUUUGUCUUUUUUCCAUGUCGGUUUGACAUUUUUGUGUCAGUGUGACACUGUGUGUGGAGAAAACGAUUGUUCACUGGUAUCAUCUCUGGAAAUGGAGCUUUAAAGCUUCUGAGUCAUCUGCAGUUCCCUCUACUGGAGAUUAGGCUACACUGCAUACGUACUCCUGCAAACAAUUUUGUCUUUCGAAAAGGGCUUGGAGUAGACAUUUUUUCACAGUAAAAUAUCAGUAUUUUUAGAUACAACUGAACUAGUGAUACUGUUAACACAUAAAGGGCAAAAGAACAAAUGAUUUGGUUUGUAAGCCCAUCAUCUGGAAACAGAAAGCUAUUUAUUUUGUCAGCACAAAUAUAUAAAGAAGUCCCUCAAAAUAUUAGCUGACAGGUAAAAACAGAUGUAGGAUACUGCAAGUAUAUUCAUGACAAAAUGUAAAUAAACAUAAUCAUGACAUUUAACCAAUGUGUUUUGGGGUUUGAGGUGUUAAAAAACGUGAUACCUGAUUCGGACUUGGACUAAGGAAACAUUUAUAAACAAAAUGAAUCAGUUGUCAUUUAUUUGUUAUCAAUCUCCUUUGAAAUAAAGUUGUGGUUUUUAUACCCCAAUUAAAUUUAGUUAAUUAUAAACUCAAUAAUUAGAAUUCUUCCAUACAUUGUGUUCUACACACAAACAGAUAUUAAACAAUGGAUCUUAGGUAGAAAUUAUA